AUGGCUAGCAAGGAAACAGAGACUGGAGUUGUAGAUCCACCAAGGGAGAUUGUUGAGUCGGAAUCGGAACUGCAAGAGGAGGUCCGGAGGUUGAAGCAUCAGAUGGCGGAAAUGUACCAAGCCUGGAUUAAGGGACACCCUCCACCCUCGUUCCCUACCAACUACACAGAAAACCCUGCUUCCAUUCCACCACUCUCUCAAUCACAGAUGCCCAAUACCAUUGAUCUUUCCCCACAACACGCACCGGGCUUUACCCCUUACCACAACUACCCCGGCACUUCGGCCCAAGCUUUUCAUGCUCCACCAGCCAAAACAACCUCGUACCCUGCUCCGACAUCUGCUCCUAUUUUUCCUCAUGUUGAAACUGACGAACCACCCAAGAACGCAGAGCAAGAGGAGAUGUUCAGGAAGGUAAAGAGUCUGGAGCAAUCAUUGAGAAAUAUGCAAGGGUUGGGAAACCAGGUGAGUGUGGCCUGUAAGGAUUUGUGUUUGUUUCCCGAUGUCCAACUGCCCUCCGGGUUCAAGAUGCCCAAGUUUUACUUAUAUGACGGACAUGGGGAUCCUGUAGCUCAUCUGAGGGGUUAUUGCAGUAAAAUGAGAGGCGUCAGGGGAAAAGACGAAUUAUUAAUGGCAUACUUCAGCCAAAGUCUGAGUGGAGCAGCUUUAGAAUGGUACACCCUCCAGGACGCCAGCAGGUGGUACACCUGGGACGAUAUGGCUCAGGCCUUCGCCCGGCACUUCCAGUACACUAUAGACAUUGUUCCAGACCGCCUAUCUCUGACCAAGGUGGAAAAGAAACCCAGUGAAAGCUUUAGAGAAUAUGGGUUCCGAUGGAGGGAUCAAGCUGCACGGGUCAAUCCUCCGAUGGAAGAAGACGGGAUGGUUAAAUACUUUCUUCAAGCCCCGGAGCCCACUUACUAUGGCCACUUGAUCUCAGCCAUUGGUAAGUCUUUCAAUGAUGUGGUGAAGAUGGGAGAAAUGGUGGAAGAAGGGCUCAAGUCGAGUAAGAUCAUGAGCUAUUCUGCUAUAAAAGCAACUACCCAGGCAAUCCAGAGUGGUACCGGAAGUUUGCUAGGCAAGAAGAAGAAGGAAGAUGUCACAAUGGUUGUCUUCGGAUCAUGGCAUGGCCGGAGGGGUUCACCUCAUCAGCCAUCCCAAUACCUUGUUCACCAUGCACAAUCAUAUGCUCAACCCCCUCCUUACCCACAAUGGCGUGCCCCAGUCCCACAAAAUACCUAUCCAUCUCCACAAAAUGCAUAUCCACCUCCACAACCUUACCAAAACCCCAAUGGUUCAAAUUUUCGAUCAAGGCUAGAGUAUAGAAGAGAGAGGCAGCAGCGGAAACAAACUUUUACCCCACUUGGAGAGUCCUAUGCUAGUCUGUUUCUAAGGUUAAGGCAGUUGGACGUCUUGAGGCCGAUUGAGUCAAAGAUACCAAAUCCUCCUCUAAAGAACCUCGAUUAUUCCUUAAGGUGCGCCUAUUGUUCUGACGCUCCAGGGCAUGACAUAGAGAAGUGCUGGCAUUUGAGAAAGGGCAAUCCAGGAGCUCAUUGA